CGCUGCGUCCCGAGAGGGGAGGGGCGGGGCCAGCUCGCCGAGGCCACACUCCCGCGAGAGCGCCCAGUCCCGCGGGCUGCGCACGCGCAGACCCAGCACGCCUGCGCCUCAGGCCCGGGCACUCUGCCGCGAGCGCUGGGAAUGUUUGGCGUUACCAAGGAGCCGCUGGUCCCCCCGGCAAGGCGGGAGGACCAAACCCGACCGAGGUGGCCGCGGCGAGAGCGGCUGCGAUGAUGUCCAACCCAGUGCAUGGCCUGCCCUGUCUCCCGGGCAUGUCCUUUAAGGACUCCACGAAAACAGCAUUUCCUAGAAGCCAGACGCUUGGCUAUAGGAAUGGCUAUGCAGUUGUUCGACAUCCAACAGUUGGGAUCAGCGGAGACCGGCUCCAGGUCAGCCAGCUGUCUCAGGCUGAGCUGGACAAGCUGGCCAGCAAGGCACCAAUCCUCACAUACGGCCAGCCCAAGCAGGCCCCGCGCGCAGAAUUCAUUCCUGCCUAUGUGGCUUUCGACAAAAAGGUGCUGAAAUUUGAUGCCUAUUUCCAAGAAGAUGUUCCUCUGUCAACUGAGGAACAUUACAGGAUCCGCCAAGUGAACAUUUACUACCAUCUGGAAGAUGACAGCAUGUCUGUCAUAGAGCCUGUUGUGGAAAACUCCGGGAUCCCUCAAGGCAAGUUAAUCAAACGGCAGCGCCUAGCCAAGAAUGACCGGGGAGACCAUUACCAUUGGAAAGACCUAAACCGAGGAAUAAACAUCACAAUUUAUGGCAGAACUUUCCGCAUUGUUGACUGUGACAAGUUCACACAGGUAUUUUUGGAAAGUCAAGGAAUUGAACUAAAUCCACCAGAGAAGAUGGCUCUCGAUCCUUACACUGAACUCCGGAAACAGCCUCUUCGUAAGUAUGUGACCCCAACAGACUUUGAUCAACUCAAGCAGUUUCUCACCUUUGACAAACAAGUUCUUCGAUUCUAUGCAAUCUGGGAUGAUACAGACAGCAUGUUUGGUGAAUGUCGGACCUACAUUAUUCAUUACUAUCUUAUGGAUGAUACAGUGGAAAUUCGAGAGGUCCACGAACGGAAUGAUGGACGAGAUCCCUUCCCACUCCUCAUGAGCCGCCAGCGCAUGCCCAAGGUUUUGGUGGAGAAUGCAAAGAACUUCCCUCGGUGUGUGCUGGAAAUCUCAGACAAGGAGGUGUUGGAAUGGUAUACUGCCAAAGACUUCAUUGUUGGGAAGCCACUCACUAUACUUGGGAGAACUUUCUUCAUUUAUGAUUGUGAUCCAUUUACUCGGCAGUAUUACAAAGAAAAAUUUGGAAUCACUGAUUUACCACGCAUUGAUGUGAGCAAGAAGGAACCACCUCCUGUGAAACAGGAAUUACCUCCCUAUAACGGUUAUGGACUAGUUGAGGACUCUGCUCAGAAUUGCUUUGCGCUCAUUCCAAAACCUCCAAAAAAAGAUGUUAUUAAAAUGCUGAUGAAUGAGAACAAGGUGCUUCGUUAUUUGGCUGCACUGGAAUCCCCCAUCCCAGAAGACAAAGACCGCCGAUUUGUCUUCUCUUAUUUUCUAGCCACUGACAUGAUCAGUAUCUUUGAGCCUCCUGUUCGCAAUUCUGGUAUCAUUGGGGGCAAGUAUCUUGGCAGAACUAAAGUUGUCAAACCAGGCUCCUCGGUGGAAAACCCCAUCUAUUAUAGCCCCAGUGACUUCUUCAUUGGUGCUGUGAUUGAGGUGUUUGGCCACCGGUUCGUCAUCCUUGAUACAGACGACUGUGUUCUGAAAUACAUGGAGAGCAAUGCUGCCCAGUAUUCACCAGAAGCACUCCUGUCAAUUCAGAGCCGUGUUCGAAAGCAAGAAGCCCCUGCACCAGAAUUGGACAACCAGCAAACGGAAGAGGACCCAGGCGUGCAGGAACUGGAGGCCCUGAUAGACACGAUCCAGAGGCAAGGGAAAGAUCACCCGUGCAGGGACAACAUCUGCAAGAUGUUUCAAAUUUAUGACAAGGAAGCUUCAGGACAUGUGGACAGGGAGACGUUCUUUAAAAUCUGUGACUCUUUUCACCUCCCAGUUGAUGAUUCCUUGGUUAAGGAGCUCAUCAGGAUGUGCUCUCACGGAGAAGACAAGAUUGACUACUAUAACUUCGUCCGUGCUUUCUCCAACUGACCUGCUGAGGACAGAAAGCACAGUAUUUUGAGGUUGGGCCUACGUAUACCUGUACUCUUCAUAGAGGCAUUUACAGAGCUCUUGAAAUUAUAUUUCCUUUUUGGUUCUUUUACCACUGAAGUCUAAAUUAAAUUGGAUCUUGUAGGAGCUAAGGUUGGUGCCUUAUUUAGGGAGGGGAGAUAGGGGUGUUGUGAUGGUUAAUUUUAUGUGUCAACUUGACUAGAUAUGGGGUGCCUGGACAUUUCUGGGUGUGUCUGUGAGGCCGUUUCUGGAUGAGGUUAAUAUUUGAGUUGGUGGAUGGAGUAAAGCAGAUGGCCCUCUCCAAUGUGGGUGGGCCCCACCCAUUCCAUUAAAGGCUUGAAUAGAACAAAAAGGCUGACCUUUCCCUAAUGAGAGAGAAUUCCUCCGGCCUGCUUUGACAUCGGCUUUUUCCUGCUUUUGGACUCAAACUGAGACAUCGGCUCUUCUGGGGCUCCAGCCCGCUGGCCUUCAGACAGGAACUACUCCGUCAGCCCUCAGAGGCCUCCAGGUCGCUGGCUACAGAUACUGGAGCUUGUCAGCUUCCUCGGUUACAGGAGCCAAUUCCUUAAUCGUCAGUCUCUUUCUCUCUGUAUAUACAGCCUAUCGGUUCUGCUUCUCUGGAGAAAGAACCCUGACUAGUGCAGGUGUAGAGUGACCAAGAUCAGGAGGAGGAUGCAUGGAAUUUGCUCAGACAGACAUCAGGUCGGGUGUGGUGCUGCAGACGGUGCUGCCCGCCCCGCCAGGAAGUAGACACCAUGUUUUCCAGUUGCAGUUCUAGGCCCAUUAGUAGACCUGCAUUUUAUUUCAUUUUAUUAUUUAUUUAUUUAAAUUUAUUUUUGGCUGUGUUGGGUCUUUGUUGCUGCGUGCGGGCUUCCUCUAGUUGCGGCGAGCGGGGGCUACUCUUCGUUGUGGUGCGUGAGCUUCUCACUGCAGUGGCUUCUCUUGUUGCGGAGCACAGGCUCUAGGCACGCGGGCUCAGUAGUUGUGGCUCACAGGCUCUAGAGCGCAGGCUCAGUAGUUGUGGUGCACGGGCUUAGUUGCUUUGCGGCAUGUGGGAUGUUCCUGGACCAGGGCUCGAAUCCAUGUCCCCUGCAUUGGCAGGCAGACACUGUGAUAAUAGAAAAUAUCACAGUGUGGUACACUGAUUUGUUUCAUGAAACUUUUGUUUCAAAUGAGUGUGUAUUUACUGGGUCAUGAUGUAAAACAUUUCUUUAUGUGGGCUGUAGUUAAAAAAAAAAAAAUUUAGAAAAACUGCUUUUAGAGAGCCUGGCCUCAAGAUAGGCAGAAAAGACUAGUAGCAGCUACUGGUUAUCGACUGAGCUCUGAUGGACUUUUCAGAAGCAGGGCUGCUCCUUAGUUGAAGUCAGCCACCAACUUCAUCUUUAUAAAUGCUGUCUCUGAUUCCUUCCUACCUGUACUCUGUCUGUACCACCAGGGGCCUGAAAAUACCAUCUAAUUAGGGUGUAUCAAGCCCGUAUCUGUAGGCUUUAGGGGUACCUGAGAAGAUGUCUCUAGAUGUUUCCAGAAAAUCAAGGGUCACUUGGGUGAGUGACUAGCCUGCUGGUGUAGGAGCACGAGCAUGUUCCUAUAAGAAAUUAUUGAGUGCUUUAUAUGAACCAUGAACUUAGCAUUUACUAUCCCUAAAUCUUACCACCACCAUUCCCUGUGAAAACAAGCAAACCAGCCAGCCGACACACCCCCAAAAUGCUGAGCCCAGAUGAGCAAGCAGGCUCAGAAAGGCCGACUGCCCAAGGUCACCAGCUUCUCCGGCUGAGCCGCUUGCUCUCUGUUGGCACCGUGCCUUUGUCUCAGGUACAUGGUUCCUGUUGGGUCCUCAUAGCCCAUGCCUGUCCUCAACUAACUGCACUCAUCUCCUGAGCUCUCUCUGGAGAUGGUUCUGGAAAAACAGCAGACAGCCAUGGGCAACAGGCCAUCUGAUGCCAGCAGUGUCCUGUGCCCACUGCUGGUACCAACACUCAGCAUCUAUUCAGCACCUCCAGUGACAUCUGGUGGCUUUUACACACAGACUUAGCCCCAUCCUCUCCUAGCCAAGUGACAUCAUAACACAGUCGUCCCCCUUAUCCACACUUUCACUUUCCAGUUUUAGUUAAACAUGGUCAGCCAUGGUCUGGAAAUAUUAAAUGGAACGCUCCAGAAAUAAUUCUUAAGUUUUAAACUGUGUGCCAUUCUGAGUAGCGUGAUGAGAUCUUGCGCCCUCCCACUUUGUCCCUCCCGGGAUCCCCAGCUGUCGGCGUUGUCAGGGCUCAGUGAUCCACGGUCACCUGGAGCAAGUGAUCCUCUCCUGACGCGUCAUCAGAAGGCCAGUAGAGCCCAGCGCUCCACCACAGCAUCUGCAUCAUCCAGCUCACGCCACCUUGUCACUUGGGCACUCAGUCACCUCACAUCGUAAGAAGAAGGGUGAGUGCAGCUCAGUAAGAUGUUUUUAGAGACCACAUUCACAUAACUUUCAUUAUGGUAUAUGGUUAUAAUUGUUCUAUUUUCUUAUCAUUGUUAAUCUCUUACUGUGCCUGAUUUAUAGAUUUCACCAUAGGUAGGUACGUGUAGGAAAAAACAUAGCAUAUUUAGGGCCCAGAACUCUCUGGGGUUUCAGGCAUCCACUGGGGGGGGGGU